UUCAGAACUGGACAGGUUAUCAACUAUCUUCGGAUCAUUUUGUUUGAAUACUUGUCAUAAUCGGAUGGUGUUUGAAGUGUAGGUCUGAUUUAAGGGCUUUGGCCACUGUUAGUGGUUUCCGAUUUCGGCGACACCUUCAAUUAUCCUGCGACAUUCUGCACAGCGCUCGGUAUCAGUGUUGUUAACACUGAUUGUGCUUUUGAGUUUGUAAAUAUUAUCCGCUCUGCAAUCAGACUACAUCUAGAUCAGAGCUUCUGUCAAAAUGGCCACUAUGGAGAAGCUGAUGAAGGCGUUUGAGUCGCUCAAAUCAUUCCAGCAGCAGCAAGGCCCGCUGUCGGCCGAAGAGCUCGUCCAGAAACAGAAAAAAGACCUUGCUACAACCAAAAAGGACAGAGUGACUCAUUGUAUGACGAUUUGCGAAAACAUCAUGGCACAGUCACUGAGGACAUCGCCAGAGUUCCAGAAAUUUCUUGGAAUUGCCAUGGAAAUGUUCUUGCUGUGCAGUGACGACAAGGAGUCUGACGUCAGGAUGGUGGCCGAUGAGUGCCUCAACAAAAUCAUCAAAGCUUUGAUGGAUUCCAACCUGCCUAGACUGCAGCUUGAGCUGUACAAAGAGAUUAAAAAGAAUGCUGCCUCUCGGAGUCUGCGGGCAGCUCUCUGGAGGUUUGCUGAGCUUGCUCACCUGGUGCGUCCACAGAAAUGCAGGCCGUACUUGGUGAAUCUGUUGCCAUGUCUGACCCGGAUCACUAAACGUCAAGAGGAGACGGUACAGGAAACUCUGUCUUCCUCAAUUCCUAAAAUCAUGGCUGCCCUCGGACACUUUGGCAAUGAUGGAGAGAUCAAGAUGCUGCUGAAGGCCUUUGUUGCCAAUCUGAAAUCCAGCUCUCCAACUAUCCGCCGCACAGCGGCCAGCUCUGCCGUCAGUGUGUGUCAGCACUCACGCAGAACACACUACUUCUACACCUGGCUUCUUAACGUGCUGCUUGGUUUGGUGGUACCAGUGGAUGAGGAGCAUUCCAGUCACCUGAUUCUGGGUGUCUUACUGACAUUGCGCUACCUGAUGCCACUUAUUCAGCAGCAGGAUCCUAACACCAGUCUGAAGGGCAGCUUUGGGCUCGUUCGUAAAGAGGCAGAUGUCUCCCCCUCACCUGAGCAGCUCAUCCAGGUGUAUGAGCUGACCCUGCACUACACACAGCACUGGGAUCAUAAUGUGGUGACGGCGUCUCUAGAGCUUCUCCAGCAGGUGUUUCGCACUCCUCCCCCUGAGCUGCUGAACGCGCUCAUCACGCCUGGCAAAAUCACACACACUAGUGUCUUCAAAGUAGAGAUGGAGAGCCGUGCACGCAGUGGCAGCAUCACCGAGCUUAUUGGUAAGCUGUUGUUAGGUGAAGAAGAGGGUUUAGAGGAUGACCCUGAGAGGGCAGAGGUCACCACAGGAUCUUUCACUGCUUCAGUAGGUGGUGACAGCUCCAGUGAAGCUCCGUCAUCGUCAGGCGUUUCAUCUCUUGGCACAUCUGACAUCAUCACAGAGCAGCCACGCUCCUCCCAGCACACCUUGCAGUCGGGAGACUCUGUAGACCUGAGUGCUUCAGAGCAGGGGGUUGGACCUGAUACUCCAGACGAUGAAGAUGAGGAGGACAUGCUAAGCCGCAGCUCAAGCGGAGGCACUGGGGUCGUCAGCUCAUCUGCCAACUUAAUAACUGAUUGCAACCAAAUGUCUACAGGUGCCGCGUCAUCAUCACCCCCUAGUGACAGUUCCCAGACGACUACGGAGGGUCCAGAUUCCGCCGUGACGCCUUCAGAUUGCGCUGAGCUCGUGUUGGACGGCAGUGAGAGUCAGUACUCAGGGAUGCAGAUCGGCACAUUGCAGGACGAGGAAGAGGAGGGAGCAGCUCCACCGCCUGACAAACCUUCAGAGCCUUUCUCUCAAUCUGCACUGGCUUUAAGUAAGCCCCACCUUCUGGAGGGCAAAGGUCACAACAGGCAAUCAUCCGACAGCAGUGUGGAUCGAUUCAUACCAAAGGAAGAGGUUCUGGAGUCAGCAGAACUUGACAACAAGCCAUCAAGGAUUAAAGGAGAUAUUGGUCACUACACUGACCCAAAGGAAGAGCCUCUGGUGCACUGUGUGCGGCUGCUGGCUGCCUCCUUUCUGCUCCCUGGACAAAGAAACGGGCUGGUUCCUGAUAAUGAGGUCCGUGUGAGUGUUAAGGCAUUAGCUGUCAGCUGUGUGGGUGCAGCAGCAGCUCUUCUGCCAGAAGCUUUCUUCAACAGACUUUACCUGCACCCGAUAGACGGACAGCAGCCAGAUGAGCAACAGUACAUCAGUGAUGUACUGCAGUACAUUGAACAUGGGGACCCUCAGAUCAGAGGAGCUACAGCCAUCCUGUGUGGGGCUUUAAUCCUGGCCAUCCAUCUGAAGACACGAUACAACACAGAGACAUGGCUAUCACAGAUCCACAGUGUCACAGGAAACUCUGUGGCACUGGAAGACUUUGUGCCUCUGCUGCAGCGCAGUUUGAAGGAUGAGUCCUCAGUCACAUGUAAAAUGGCCUGUGCUUCUGUUAGGCACUGCAUCAUGGCACUGUGUAGUGGCAGUCUCAGUGAACUGGGUCUGCAGCUGCUCAUUGACCUCUUGACCCUAAAAGACUGCUCCUAUUGGCUGGUUCGCACCGAGCUCCUGGAAACACUUGCUGAGAUUGACUUCAGGUUAAUAAGUUUCUUGGAGAGAAAAACUGAGAAGUUACACAAAGGAGAGCAUCACUACACUGGGUUGUUAAGGCUGCAGGACAGAGUUCUGAAUGACGUUGUGCUUUACCUGCUGGGCGAUGAGGAUCCACGCGUCAGACACAUAGCAGCUAACACCAUCAGCAGGUUAGUGCCCAGGUUGUUCUAUGACUGUGAUCAGGCUCAGACAGACCCGGUUGUGGCCAUAGCUCGAGAUCAGAGCAAUGUGUAUCUACAACUACUUAUGCACGAGACCCUGCCACCAUCACAGUUCACCGUCAGCACAAUCACACGAACGUACCGCGGCUACAGCCUUUGUCAGAAUGCACCAGAUAUUACCAUGGAGAACAAUUUGUCUCGGGUCAUCACUGCCAUCUCGCAUGCCCUCACAUCUUCAACUUCCAGAGCCAUGACAUUUGGCUGUUGUGAGGCUCUGUGCCUUCUCUCUAGCACCUUCCCAGUGUGCACCUGGAGCACAGGCUGGCACUUUGGCUUUGUGAGCUCCUCUGUCUUUCAGCUUAACCGCUCAAGCCAGUACCGCAGCAGAGGACGAUCCUUCAGUCUCUGUCAGCCUGGCAGUUUGAGUAAUGAGGAGGUACGCAAGUCUCUGACAGUGGGCGUGGCCAGUAUGGUUCUGUCUCUGCUCUCCUCUGCCUGGUUUCCACUUGAUCUCUCUGCUCAUCAGGCUGCUCUGCUGCUGGCUGGAAACCUUCUUGCAGCUGUUGCACCAAAGUGCAUGAAGAGUCCAGGAACAGGUGAGGAGGAAUCUAGCUCCGCCCCCUCCAAGCAAGAAGAAACGUGGCCUGGUCUCAAUGACCGAUCUUUGGUUGUUAUGGUGGAGCAGCUGUUCUCACACUUGCUGAAGAUCCUGAACAUCUGCGCCCAUGUGCUGGAUGACACGCCCCCAGGCCCUGCUGUCAAGGCCACUUUGCCCUCAUUGGCAAACACUCCGUCUCUCAGUCCAAUCAGGCGGAAGGGUAAAGAAAAGGAGAUGAGUGAGCCGAGUGCCACCCCCAUGAGCCCAAAGAAAGGAGGAGAGACCAACACAGGCAGAGCGGCAGACAGCACAGCAACUGCUGCGGUUAACAAGUCCACCACGCUGGGCAGCUUUUACCACCUCCCCACGUACCUAAAGCUGUAUGAUGCACUGAGAGCCACGCAAGCCAACUACAAAGUCACAUUAGAUCUCCACAGCACCAAUGAGAAGUUUGGUAGUUUCCUGCGGUCAGCGCUUGAUGUCCUUUCCCAGCUGCUUGAGUUGGCAACCCUGCAUGAUAUAGGAAAAUGUGUGGAAGAGAUCCUGUGUUACCUCAAGUCCUGUUUCUCACGAGAACCGACAAUGGCUACUGUGUGUGUUCAACAGUUGUUGAAGGCAUUGUUUGGGACCAACCUUGCGUCUCAGUAUGAGGGAGCCACAUCUCAAACGUGUCGGUCCCAGGGCAAGGCCCUCCGGCUCGGCUCGACCAGUGUGAGGCCUGGCCUCUAUCAUUACUGCUUCAUGGCCCCAUACACACACUUUACCCAGGCCCUUGCAGACGCCAGUCUCAGAAACAUGGUGCAAGCUGAACAAGAACAGGAUGCCUCUGGGUGGUUUGAUGUCAUGCAAAAAGUAUCCAAUCAGCUGAGGUCAAGCAUCACCAAUGUCACUCGCCAUCGAGGAGACAAGAAUGCUAUUCAUAAUCACAUCCGCUUGUUUGAGCCUCUGGUGAUAAAGGCUCUGAAACAGUACACCACCAGCACCUCAGUGGCCCUGCAAAGACAGGUGCUGGAUCUGCUUACCCAACUAGUUCAACUCCGAGUGAACUACUGCCUGCUUGAUUCAGACCAGGUGUUCAUUGGUUUCGUGCUAAAGCAGUUUGAGUAUAUUGAAGUGGGGCAGUUUAGGGACUCGGAAGAAAUUGUGCCCAACAUUUUCUUCUUUCUGGUUCUGCUGUCGUAUGAACGCUACCACUCCAAACAGAUCAUCAGCAUCCCAAAGAUUAUUCAGCUGUGUGACGGCAUCAUGGCCAGCGGCAGGAAGGCGGUAACACAUGCAAUCCCUGCUCUGCAGCCUAUAGUGCACGACUUGUUUGUGCUGCGCGGCUCUAAUAAAGCUGAUGCAGGAAAGGAGUUGGACACUCAGAAGGAGGUGGUGGUGUCCAUGCUGCUACGCCUUAUACAACACCAUCAGGUUCUGGAGAUGUUUAUUCUGGUGCUGCAACAGUGCCACAAAGAGAAUGAAGAUAAGUGGAAGAGGCUUUCACGACAAAUUGCUGACAUCAUCCUGCCGAUGAUCGGCAAACAACAAAUGCACCUGGACUCUCAUGAGGCAUUGGGAGUGUUGAACACCCUGUUUGAGACAGUGGCUCCCUCCUCACUGCGGCCGGUGGACAUGCUGCUGAAGAGCAUGUUCAUCACACCUUCUACCUUGGCAUCAGUGGGCACGGUGCAGUUGUGGGUGUCUGGCAUUCUCGCCAUCCUGCGUGUUCUCAUCUCGCAGUCCACAGAGGACAUCAUUCUGUCUCGUAUUCAAGAGCUUUCACUCUCACCAAACUUUCUCUCCUGUCCCACUAUUUGCCAACUCCGAGAAGAUGACCCUUCUCCCCCUGUUGCCCAGUCCACUACCAUGGAAGAGACCAAUGGGGAGCCCCAGCGUUUCCCGCCUGAGGAAACCUUUGCCAGGUUCUUAUUGCAGUUGGUGGGGGUAUUGCUGGAUGACAUUGCUACCAAGGAGGUGAAGGUUGACAUGAGUGAGCAACAGCACACUUUUUACUGUCAGCAGCUUGGGACACUGCUCAUGUGUCUCAUCCACAUCUUCAAAUCAGGAAUGUUCCGGCGUAUCACGGCAGCAGGAAGCAGGCUACUGAAGGCAGAGGGAGUGGAGGGGUGUCGUUUUUAUACCCUGGAAGGUCUGAAUGGGCUGGUUAUCCAGCUCAUCACCACACAUCCGUCUCUAGUCCUGCUCUGGUGUCAGGUCCUUCUCAUCAUCAACUACACCAACUAUACCUGGUGGUCAGAGGUGCAUCAGACGCCCAGGAGACACAGUCUGUCCAGUACUACUCUGCUGAGCCCGCACUCAUCUGGAGAAGAGGAGAGACCAGAGGGAAAACUGGCCAUGUGCAACAGAGAGAUUGUCAGACGAGGGGCCCUUAUUCUCUUCUGUGACUACGUGUGUCAAAACCUGCACGACUCUGAGCAUCUGACAUGGCUGACAGUGAAUCAUGUGAGCGAUCUGAUCAGUCUUUCCCAUGAGCCACCAGUGCAGGAUCUCAUCAGUGCAGUUCAUCGAAACUCUGCGGCCAGCGGCCUCUUCAUACAGGCUAUUCAAUCACGCUGUGACAACCUUUCUACUCCUGUGAUGCUAAAGAAGACUUUGCAGUGUCUGGAAGGCAUUCACCUAAGUCAGUCUGGGGCUCUGCUUAUGUUAUAUGUGGACAAACUACUCAACACACCGUUCCGUGUACUGGCUCGAAUGGUGGACACACUUGCCUGUAGACGUGUGGAGAUGCUACUGGCUGAGACCUUACAGAAUAGUAUAGCUCAGCUACCUCUGGAGGAGCUGGACAGGAUUCAGCAGUACCUUCAGACCAGUGGCCUUGCUCAGAGGCAUCAGCGGUUCUACUCCCUGCUGGACAGGUUCAGAGCAACUGUUGCUGAAGAUACCAAGAGCCCUACUGCCCUCAUUACAUCACACCCACUGGAUGGGGACCCACCCCCUUCCCCUGAAAAUGUUGAACCUAAUAAGGAGUGGUAUGUUGCUCUGGUGAAAUCUCAAUGUUGUUCGAGAGGUGAUGGAGCUCUAUAUGAAACCACAGAGCUGCUGACCAAACUUCCCCAACCUGACCUAAAUGACUUAAUGACCUGCAAGGACUUUAACCUUUGUCUGCUGGCAUCAUGUCUGAGUGUUGGGUUGCAGAGGAUGUGUAAGGAUCAUGGGGCAGUUUUAUUUGAGACGGCUCAACAGGUGGCCUUUGAGCGAUUGGCCGGUGUUAUAGAGCUCCUUCCCUCCCCCCACCAGCCCCUCCUCCCUUCCUCCAAGACCUGUGUGGAUGCCUACAGGGAGAAACUCAAUCAAGUGUAUGGUGAGCCUGGGUUUUAUCAGACUGUGUUGAGUCUGUGUGGAGUGUUGAGUCAGUAUCUGCUGUCUCUGUCCAAAUUCCCCUUCUCAUUACACAUUCCCAAAGACAAAGAGACACUCAUUACCACCUUCAGCACCCUUGCCAUAGAGGUGGUGGUGUGGCGUUUGCUGCAGGAUCAGCUGCCUCUGAGUGUGGAUAUUCAGAUGAGUCUGUCAUGUCUGUGUCUGGCUCUCCAGCAGCCGGCGGUGUGGACACACUUCACAUCCCCCUCCUACCUCACACACACCUGCUCCAUCAUCCAAUGCGUACAGCUCCUUAUCCACGCAGUCGCUGUUGGUCCUGGUGACCAGCUUCUGAGGCCAGAAAGGAAAACAUCCAAAACAGAUCAGUCAGAGGAGGACCAGGUGGAUUCAGCGUCAGACAAUCAGCGUCUAUGGCAAUGUUGUGAGAUCAUGGCUGAGCUGGUUGAAGCACUGCAGAGUGUGCUGGCUCUGGGCCACCAUAGAAACAAGAACAUCCCAGCAUUCCUUACACCAACCCUUCAGAAUGUCAUCAUCAGCCUGGCAAGGCUGCCCCUUGUAAACAGCUAUACCCGCAUCCCACCACUGGUCUGGAAACUGGGCUGGUGCCCCAGGCCUACAGGAGAGUUUGGCACAGCAUUGCCUGAGAUUCCUGUAGAGUUCCUUCAAGAAAAAGAUGUCUUCAGGGAGUUCCUUUACCGCAUUAACACUCUGGGCUGGAGCAGUCGGACACAGUUUGAGGAAACAUGGGCCACUCUGUUGGGGGUGCUGGUCACUCAGCCAAUCACGAUGGACCAAGAGGAGGAGACUCAGCAAGAGGAGGAUCUGGAGAGGACUCAGAUAAAUGUACUGGCAGUGCAGGCCAUCACCUCUCUGGUGCUGAGUGCCAUGACUCUACCAACAGCAGGAAAUCCAGCUGUCAGCUGCCCUGAACAGCAACCCCGAAACAAAAUACUUAAAGCUUUGGACACUAGGUAUGGCCGUAAGCUGAGUGUGAUCAGAGGUAUGGUUGAGCAUGAAAUUCAAGCCAUGGUGUCCAAGAGGGACAACAUUGCCACACACUUCCCCUAUCAAGCCUGGGACCCUGUGCCAUUCUUAUCAUCCUCAACGGCAGGCACCCUGAUCAGCCACGAGAAACUCCUUCUGCAGAUAAACACAGAGAGGGAGAUGGGAAACAUGGACUACAAACUGGGUCAAGUGUCAAUUCAUUCAGUGUGGUUAGGAAAUAAUAUUACCCCUCUGAGGGAGGAAGAAUGGGGUGAGGAUGAGGAAGAUGAAACGGAUGCACCCGCACCUUCCUCGCCACCAUUAUCGCCAAUCAACUCCAGGAAGCACCGUGCUGGGGUUGACAUCCAUUCCUGCUCCCAGUUCCUCCUGGAGCUCUACAGCCAGUGGAUCCUCCCAGGCAGCCCCAGCAGUAGGAAGACUCCUGUUGUGCUCAUCAGUGAGGUGGUCAGAUCGCUGCUGGCAGUAUCUGAUCUCUUCACAGAGAGAAAUCAAUUUGAUAUGAUGUUCUCCACUCUGACUGAGCUGCAGAAGGUCCAUCCACCAGAGGAUGAGAUCCUCAACCAGUACCUUGUACCGGCUAUCUGCAAAGCAGCUGCGGUGCUGGGCAUGGAUAAGGCCAUUGCCGAGCCUGUGUGCCGUCUGUUGGAAAGCACCUUACGCAGCACUCAUCUGCCCAGUCGUAUCGGUGCACUGCAUGGAGUUCUAUAUGUGCUGGAAUGUGAUCUACUGGAUGACACAGCACGCCAGCUCAUACCUACUGUCAGCGAAUACCUGCUCUCUAACAUUAAAACUUUAGCACACUGUGUGAACCUACACAACCAGCAGCAUGUGUUGGUGAUGUGCGCCGUAGCAUUCUACAUGAUGGAGAACUACCCACUGGAUGUAGGAUCUGAGUUCAAUGCUGGGGUCAUUCAGCUGUGCUGUGUGAUGCUGUCAGCUAGCGAGGAGGCCACUCCGUCCGUCAUUUACCACUGUGUUCUUCGUGGUCUGGAGCGAUUGCUUCUGUCUGAGCAGUUGUCACGCAUGGAUGCGGAAACGCUAGUCAAGCUGAGCGUGGACCGGGUGAACAUGCCCAGUCCACACCGUGCCAUGGCUGCCCUGGGUCUCAUGCUCACCUGCAUGUACACAGGUGUGGCUGCAGAGGAAGGGAAAGAGAAGGGAACUCCUGGCCUCCCCGCUGAUGCAGAUACUACGGCUCCUGACAGUGAAUCAGUCAUCGUUGCCAUGGAGCGUGUAUCCGUUCUCUUUGACAGGAUUCGUAAAGGUUUUCCGAGUGAGGCACGUGUGGUGGCACGGAUCCUUCCGCAGUUCCUGGAUGACUUUUUCCCUCUGCAAGACGUCAUGAACAAAGUCAUUGGAGAGUUCCUGUCCAAUCAGCAGCCUUAUCCACAGUUCAUGGCUACAGUGGUCUACAAAGUAUUUCAAACACUUCAUGCGACUGGCCAGUCCUCCAUGGUCCGUGAUUGGGUACUACUCUCUCUUUCGAACUUCACGCAGAGAACACCUGUCGCCAUGGCAAUGUGGAGCCUGUCCUGUUUCUUUGUCAGUGCCUCGACCAGCCAGUGGAUCUCUGCCCUCCUGCCUCAUGUCAUUAGUCGUAUGGGGAAGUCAGACACAGUGGACAUAAGCCUCUUUUGUCUGGUUGCUAUGGAUUUCUACCGACACCAAAUCGAUGAAGAGUUAGACCGCAGGGCCUUCCAGUCUGUCUUUGAGAUGGUGGCUUCUCCUGGUAGCCCAUAUUACCAACUACUCUGCUGUUUGCAGAGCAUUCACCAAGACACAUCACUAUAAAACAGACCGUAACAAGAUUGGAGACUGGCCACAAUAUUACAUAAUAAUAUUUCAUUAGGACCUACAUUGCAGUUAGUCAUUAAAGAAUGGUUACAUAAUGUGGCCCAUACUAGAACAGAAGACAUCAUUGGAAAUAUUGAGCUGAAUCUGUUGAUAUGAUACCAUCUGUGAUAUACAAGCGGACAUUUCCCCAAAUAGUUCAUAGUUAUUAGAGACAGUGGGACCAAAGCACUUUCACUGAAGUAUGUGGCCACAAAAAUCACAUUGCACCCAAACACCUAAAGUCUUUAUUUAAAAAAAAAAAAAAAAAAGUAUGUCUACUACUACCAGACAACCAGAAUAUGUGACUUUAACCUCUUGGCACUAAGAACAGUUUUUAUGAAGGCAGGCUUUUUUCUCCUUAAUCUGUUUGUAUAAAUUCAUUUGGAAUCUACGAGUGUUACUGAAGAUUUCCUGUCAUGCAGUCCAAGCAAAGACCAUCAGUAGAACAUUGAUAUUCUUCUACAUAGAAUUUUCAAAUAGAGUUUCAUAAACCGACUGAAGAACAUGUAGCUAAUGUUGAUACAAAAACUACGGAGUCAAAUCGUCCUUUAUUAAAACACUUCAUCUCAAAGAUCACAUUUGUGUUUACAGACCGUAUGGAAUUUGCCCACGUUCAGCUACUUCAAGUUACUACAAAUGCAGAUAUACAAGCUGGCUAUAGUCGCCAGUACAUCCAGUUAUUUUCUACAAUUCCUGUUUCUACCCUGUUCUCCACCAAUCGCACUUAAAUUGCCUGUAACAAAGUUUAUGAUUCCUCUUACAGUUUAGUUGUUUAUAUUUGUUGUUUUUAAGUUGACGCAUUUUAAGUUGAGCCAUUUUAUAUGGACGAGGUUUGAAAUAGCUAUAGCAGUUAGGGGAGAGGUGUUUAGAUUACACAGUUUCUGCUUAAAACAUGACAGCUCAAAUCUUCAUAACAUGAUAUGUACCUUGCAACACAUUUAUCUUUUGAUUAUUUGAGAUAUUUCUUUCAAAAGCUCAGGACGUAAGGUAUGAUUAUUGGUUUAGUUUAAUGACUGGAAGUAUGCAUUUUAUUCUAGAGUGUUUACAUCCUGUACAAUUUGUGUAAAAGUAAUGAUAUUUGUGAUGAAAUUAAUAAACUGUGGCGCAUGACAACACCCAUUAAUGGACAUGAGAUGGCAUAAAGUGAAAGGCUUUUUGUAAACAAAACUGUGCAGUAACCCAGCCUUUCUUUUCACCUUUAUGAGACUUGGGGGAGGGAAAAAACAGAUAAACAAUAAUUUAAUUGUUGUCUCGGGUGGCAAAGGAGCCUUCACUGUAAAUAGAAUCCUUAGGUGACAAGCUGAAGAGAUCUUUGUAUAUUAUAUUCGAAGCAUGCUGUAGUCUGUUUUCAAUAUUAAAUAUUUUUUGUGAUGUCACAGUAACCGAUGAAAUGGGAUGACUGUUGUGAUUGUUAGUGGGAUGACAGUCUACAUGGACACGGUUAAACUAUAACUACCAAUGACUGACAAAUUUGGCAAAUUGACGCAACUCACAGCAUGCUUUUUAGUUUGCUACCAUGCAGGCAAUUAGCUGGGCAUGUUUGAUAGUAUACAGACCAUUAGAUGUUUGUUCAUUCUGAAGCGAUAAGAUGUUUGCUUUGUCUUAGUAAAGCAGAAUAUGUACAUAGCACUUGAUAUUUUCACUGCUCAGUGAAAAGCCUUUUCUUCUCUGAAAUGUAUUGGCACGUUCACCUUGCUUCAAUAUUGCCCCAUGCCUACAGCAUUUAUUGCAAGUAACAUAGUGACAGAUUAUAACGCCAUUCAAAAUGAUGGCUUUACAUAGUAAGAUUGUUUGGUUGUUGGGCUGCUUCAGUGGCCAAAUAGGACAGUAGUGUUAAGGUCAGAUACAACUUUAAUCCUUUUACAAAAACCACUGGUGUAGUUGGUCCAAACAUGAAAAUACUACAUAAUUGUAACAUUUACUUUGUGCACCUACAACUGACCAUUUCAGACAUAUCUGAAAGUAAAUACCUUCCAUCCUUUUUAGUUUUUAUGUAUCUAAGAAGGGGAGGGGAUAGCUCUGACUGAUUUCAUGCAUCUCAAGUAAAAAUGUUUUUUUUUUUUUAAAGUUACUCGCUUUGCAUUAUAUUGCUCAUUCCCAGCAAAUUUGAGAAGGAUAUACAUUAACUGCAGGCAGAGCUCCAAAAAGGGUCGGGAGCUCCAAACCGCCAGGAAAGAUAUAGGGAGCCCCUAACCAUGAGUGGAAGUGAAGCCCCCUUUUAGAGGAACCCAGCCCUCUUUGGGAGAUUCCGACCCCAUUUGGAGAUCUCCAGGCCACAGCUAGACCUACUUGGCAAAUUCAGGAAAUGUCCGUGGCCCUGUUGAUCUCCAUUUUUAUCUCCUUAUGAAAGUAGUGAUCCUUUAGAACAUGUAUUCGAUAAGCCUAUUGUACCUGAGAUGGGUAAGACCUAAUUGGAGAUUAGCAGAUAGGAGCAGCAUGUCCCAUAAGUAUCAUAGUAUAGGAUGCCAUGAUGGUCUAGCACCGGAGCCUUUUUUCUUUAUGGAAACCGAUUCCCUUUAUUUUAUUUAUUCAGCUCAAUUCUGCAGGCUAUAGACAGUAAAAAAAGACAAACAAUUGAUGUAUUUAUUUUAAUGGAUUGUUUUAACGUCAAAUCAUGAGAAGACUAUAAUAUAGAAAU